UUCCGGUCGGUGGGCGUGAUCUUCACGGAGCGAUUGUCAACACAGAUCGCAUUGACUCCGCCUUCGUACUCUGAUAGCGUUGAAGACACCAACUGCGAUCUCCGUUCUAACGUCUGCUGACAGCACUUCCGGGUCAACAGAGCUGGGGGUCACCAUGGCCACCGCGCCUGUCAGUGUGAGCGCUAUGCGGGAGACUAUGGAAGUUCUACUGGAAAUCUCCAGGCUUCUGAACACAGGUUUGGAUAUGGAGACUCUAUCGAUAUGUGUAAGACUCUGUGAGCAAGGAAUUAAUCCAGAGGCUUUGUCUUCUGUUAUAAAAGAGCUACGAAGAGCGACAGAGGCAUUGAAGGCAUCGGAGAACAUGACAAAUUAAUCAAGAGGGCACUUGGAGUAUUAUGUCUUCACAUCAAGCCUGGAAAUCAGUUUUUCACUGUACUUGCAAUACUAAACAAAAUGAUCAGUCCCGUAUUCAGAGCUUGUAUGAGUCCGUCGUAUUUCCUUUUGUUUGUUUCUUGUUAUUUAGUAUUUAAAUGAUGGAUACCAAUUUAGAAUUUUGCAAAACAUUAUUAUUUAAAGUUAAUGGAAUGCUAUUGUAUUCGGAAGCAUUUUGUUUUAACCAGAAUUGUGUUUUGGAAAAUGGACAUUCUUUUGUAAAAACUUUCUUUUUUAUGCAUCAUUUCAAAAAUGUUUGUACAGCUAUGCCAUUAUGUGUACUUUGUAUUAAAUACAGCGUAUUUUAAUUAUUUUGAAA